AUGGAGGCACCAUCAGAGGAGAAGAGAAGGAACCAUGUCAUCAUCAUAGACCCAGACGAAACUGUCUUGACUGCCUAUCCAUACAGACCUCAUAGCUCUCUGCUCGAUUUUCUUAAGGGGGAGCCAAAACUUUUAGGGGCCAUCCAAAUUCUUCUUUCUCUGGUCAUUAUAGGUCUUGGAGUUAUAGUAACACUUAAUUUCAUGUUUUCAUCCAAAAAAGUUCCUCUUGUGAUCCUCUCAGGAUAUCCAUUCUGGGGAGCAGUUAUUUUUUUUCUGACAGGAUUUGUCACAAAGUCCCAUGAUAAACAAAGACAAAUUCUGAAGCAAGACAUCACGGUCAUGAACAUCUUCAGCUCGUUGGCUGCAUUAGCUGGGAUCGCCUUGAUCCUCUUCAGCUUUACACAGCAUCACAAAUUCUGCCAUAUACCCUCCCUGGACGGACCGUGUGUCGUGGGCAAAACACUUCUCCUUGGAAUUUUGUCAAUCUUAUUAAUCAUCACCAUAGUAGAGUUCAGCAUCUCUGUGACUAUUGUAUCCUUAAGAAGCAGAUGUUGGACCAGUCCAAGAGAGGCUGUGUUCUUCUUUCCUUCAGAAAGUCCUCUAAAUAUUGAACAUCCUACCCCAGAAGAAAAUAAUACAUUACAAUUUGAGUUUCAAGAAAAAUCUUCCAAGGAUAAGACAGUUUCAAGCAUAAAAAGUGUUUUCUUAGGAGGUUAUGCUUUCUUCAAGUUAAGAGUCUCAAGAAAUCCUUCAGCUCCCAAAACUAUCCCACAGAAAAGCGAUAAAGGAACGUCUUCUAUGCAUGUUCCUCCAGUGGAACAGGAGGCUAUUCCUCCACUCUCCCCAGAGCAAGAAGCCAAAUUGAAUACUCUACCUCUCUCAUUAAAACCACACUCUUCAGAAAAUACCCCUCAGAAAGACUCUAGAACUGAUCACCUGAUUGAUGAGGACCUAUCAUCUAUUAUACGCCAAACUUCUGAUAUGCAAUCCAAUGUGCUUGACUAUGAAAAUGCGUCAGUCAAAGGUCUUAAAACUCCUUCUUCACAUAAUUUCCUCCAUUUUUCAUCCCAAUCAUUAGUGGCAUCUCUGUCAACACAAGUCUUACAAUCUAAACAACCAUCACUCCAUAUUUCAGAGUCAUAUGAUCUGGCAUCUGAAGAUUUUCUGUCUGAAAACAUCCCAUCUCAAGACAACCAAGACCAAGACAUCCCUCCUCCAUACACUCCACCCCAAGACAUGCAAUUCCAAGUCGUACUAGCUCAAGAUAUAUCAUCCCAAGAGACUCCACACCGAGAGCCAUCGUACCAAGACACACUAACUAAAGAUGCAUCACAUCAAGAGACUCCAAACCAAUAUAUAUUGACAAAAGAAAUACCAUCGCAGGAGACUCCAUUCCAAGGAAAUCCAUCACAAGGGACUCUAUCCCAAGGGACUCCACCCAAGGGGACUCCAUCCCAAGGGACUCUGCCCAAGGGGACUCCAUCUCAAGGGACUCUAUCCCAAGGGACUCCAUCUCAAGGGACUCUACCCCAAGGGACUCCAUCUGAAGGCACCCUAGUCCAAGGGACUCCAUUCCAAGGGACUCCAUCCCAAGGGACUCUAUCCCAAGGGACUCUACCUCAAGGGACUCCAUCUGCAGGGACUCCAUCCCAAGGGACUCCAUCUCAAGGGACUCUACCCCAAGGGACUCCAUCUCAAGGGACUCUAUCCCAAGGGACUCCACCUCAAGGGACUCCAUCUGAAGGGACUCCAUUCCAAGGGACUCCAACCCAAGGAACUCCAUCCAAAGAGCUAUCAUUCCAACAUACACUAACUAAAGACACAUUAUCUCAAGAGACUCCAUACCAAGAAACUCCAUUCCAAGAUACACUAACUCAAAAUACACCAUCCCAAGACAUCCAGCCUGAAGAGAUUCUGUCACAAGAGAUUUCCUCCCAAGAUACUCCAUUCCAAAUUACUCCAUCCCAGAAUAUAAAAUAUGAAGAUAUACUAUCUCAAGACAAAAUAUCCCAAAACACUCAAACCCAAAAUAUAGUACCUCAAAUAUUAAACACUGGAGUUCAAAUCCAGCAACAUCCAGAAAUAUUUUAUAAGGACAUUCGAACAGAAGUCAUGGAGAUGACUGAAGAAUGGCAGUCUAAUCAGGACAAGAAACCCACGAGAAGACUUUCCUUAUCCUUGUCAGGCAAACGUGGGCAAUUCUAUCCCAAGAGAUAUUCUUUGGACCUGCAAGUCAAAACUGAGAAACCAAGGAGAUACUCUGAGGACAUACAAAGUAGAAGUACAAGACGGAAAUCCAUAGAUCAGCAAAUCAAAGCCUGGAUAUCCCCAAAGAAACAUACCUCAGAGAAACAAAAUGCAUAUACCCAAACCCAAGAGCAGCAGGUCAAAGAGGAGGAAGUCCCAGUACAACAAUCCCAAACUGAGCAAAUCAAACACCAAAAAUCUGUAGAGGAGCUAGUAUCAGAAGACAAAGAGAAUAAAGAUCAGCAGUGUGAUAAAGAGCAACCUCCACAAGAGCAAGCUCAAGUUCAACCAGCUGAAGACCAGCAUCCCAAAAAGGAAAAAACCCAGCUCCAAAAUUGGCAGGGAGGACAACAAGUACUAGUAAAGAGAUCCCCAAUGCAGUUGAGUGAUAACUGGGACUCCCAAAGCCAUCAACACACAGAAAGUUCAUGCUCCUUCUGGUCAACUCCAUCCUGGCAGCCUAUUAGCCAGAGAUCCCAAGACUGGAUAAGCCAAGGUUGGAGAAACAAAGAUUGGAAAGCACAAGAAUGGCAGUUUGCAGUGCAGCCUUCCCUAGACUGGGAAUCCCAAGAGCUAUUAGAGAGAGAAUCCUUAAGGCAAAGGGCACUAUACCGACAAAUCCAACCCCACACCACCAUAAUUCAGCAAACCCCAGAUCAUCAAUUGCGAAACUUUAUAUUUCAAGUAGGUCUGCGUCAAGAUACUAGGCAACAAGAUUCUGAAUCUGGUGUUUUAAUAGAAGAUGUGUCUGAAGAUGAUGUUCAGUCAGUAUACAGAGAACCAGGAGAUACAGAAGAUACAUGCCAGAAACCAACAGACCAGCGGUCAGAAGAUCUAAGGCCAGAUAAUUACCCUGUGUCUUUUCAGAGCCUGGUUCCAUACACAUAUGUAACCUGUUUAUCCAACAUAGCUUCAGAGCAAGAGGUGCAGAACAAUACACUCUACUCAGGUUCAUCCAAAGAUCUGAAUGCCACUUCUUCCUCCUCAUACCAAAGAGAUCAACAGCAAUAUGAAGAUUCAGACUAA